AUGGCCCGUGGAAACCAGCGCGACAAGGCCCGCGAGGCCAACCAGAAGAAGAUGGCCGCCCAAAAGACCAAGAACACCAAGACCGGCAGCGAGAUGCAGCGCGACAAGGAGCAAGUCGCCGCCAUGAUGCGCGAGAAGCAGAAAGCUGCCGACGAGCGCAGGGCCGCCGAAGCAGCAGCCGGCAAGAAAUAG